UCUAUGAUAGUGACUUCGCAACAUCAACAAACACGCUAAUCUGAAACAAUCAACAUACAUUAAUCGGCUAAUUCUUUCGAAUUUAUUACUUGAUUUGUGAUUAUAUUGAUUUAUGUCAAUUUCGAUUUUACUAUGGUUGUGUAGAUUUAUUUCAUUGCUACUUGUGACAAAUUUAUCUUAUGUUGUGAGUUAUACAUAUAGAUAAAGUACUGUAAUUACAAGUUUAUUCAUCACGUAACGUUGAUCUAAAAUGCCGGAGGUCUUGAGUCCAUUUGUUUACUGGGCGCAGACAGAAAAUAACCUCACCCUAAAAGUUGAUUUGAAGGACGUGAAGGAUCCUGAUGUGGUUCUGGAGGAUGAAGAGAUCCGUUUCGGAGCUCAUGGUUAUGGAGCCCGUGGUUUGAAUAAAUAUUCUUUCGCCCUGCAUUUCCAUUCUGCAAUCAACCCAAAGGAAUGUCAGGUCAAGGUGUCCGGUAGAAAUGUUGAGUUUGUGCUGAAGAAGAAAGAAGUAGGUUGGUGGCCUCGUAUCACUGGAACGCCACAGAAACCUGCGUGGUUGAAGAUUGACUUUGACCGCUGGAAGUCUGAAGAUGACGUUAAUGAAGACGAAGCGAGGGAUAUUGUAGAAGACUAUCCAAAUUUAUAUGACAAACUGCUGAAAGAUGAGUUGGGUUACAGAAAAGAAGACUUCAAGAAAGUCUAUAUGAUUUUGUAUAACUUGGUGCAGUUUGUUGGAUUUUCCUACAUAUUGAUCGUCAUGGGAAUCCGGUACUACAGGGACGGGCCAGACUCCAUGGAAGGCACGUAUGAAGCAGUCGGGGAUCCGAUGAAAUUCUGUCAGCUGCUGCAGUUCUUGGAAGUGAUGCACCCAAUUUUCGGGUACACUAAAGGGAGUGCUCUUGUUCCAGCUCUUCAGGUUACAGGACGAGCAAUCAUACUUUUCUGUAUGAUUGAAAGUGAGCCACGCAUACAAGACAAACCAGUCGUCUUUUAUUUGUUCCUUGUGUGGGCAGUUGUUGAAAUUUUCAGGUACCCGUACUACAUCACACAAGUGUACAAAAUCAACAUCAGAAUACUAACAUGGCUGCGGUACACCAUGUGGAUUCCACUGUACCCCCUGGGAUUUCUCUGCGAAGGAGUUAUCGUCCUGAGGAACAUUCCGUAUUUUGAAGAGACGCAGAGGUUCACCGUUUCUUUGCCGAAUUCGUGGAACUUUGCAUUCCACUUCCCGACUGUCAUGAGGUUGUACCUGCUGUUCCUUUUCUUCCCAGUGUGAUGGAGCACCAGCUCACUACGCCCUCUGUGUUCGUGACCACCUGAACAGAGCAUUUGGACAGCGGUGGAUAGGACGGGGUGGUCCCAUUGCCUGGCCACCGCGUUCCCCUGACCUCUCGCCUUUGGACUUCUACCUUUGGGGCCAUGUGAAGUCCCUUGUGUAUGCCACUCCUGUGCAUACCAGGGAUGAACUGGUGGGCAGGAUGCAUGCUGCGUUUCAGACCAUAGGAAACACACCAGCUGUCUUCGCCGAUGUGCGACGCAACCUGUAACGGCACUGCACUGCAUGUAUCGGGUGUGGUGGAGGACAUUUUGAGCAGCAAAUGUAAAGCGUACAAAUAAACCUGCAUAAAUACAGAUA